AUGGAUGUUUCAUUGCACAACUCAAGUUACUUAUGUUGGCAAAAACUCUGCCAUGCGUAUUCUUUCAAAAGAUGCAGUUUCUUUCUCCUCUUGUUUGUUGCCCUAGCAAUAGUUUUUCUUGGUGUAGCUGCAUUGAUCGUAAUCUUCAUCAUGAAGCCCCAAAGGCCAGUUUUUUCCCUCGAAACUGUAAGCUUGGAUUUGUAUACGCUCGAAGCCUAUUCGGAUUCAACCCUGUUUCUUUCAUCAGCAAUCACAUUGACCCUGAAUGCUCAAAAUCCUAACAAGGUUGGCAUCUGGUAUAGCUCUUCACAUCUUGAAGUUUUGGAUGGUGGACUGCCUAUAGGAACAAUUCGGAUUCCCGGCUUUCUUCAGCCUGCUCACAGCAGCAACGUGAGUGUCGAAAUAAGGGUUCUGUUUCCAUGUUUGAAUGUCAGCCAGAUUGUGGCAGAGGCUUCAUUGCAAGACGAUUCAAGGAAAAACAUGUUUCAAAUGAAAAUUGUAGGCGAUGUUGGAGCUCACCUCUGGGUGUUUCAUAUAAUUUUGUUGAAGAUUAAGGUUGCACUGGAGUGUGACAUAAGUAUUGAUUAUAAAGAGCUUACGAUGAAAAAUGAAGUUCACACUGUAUGUUUCACCACCCUUGAUCACAUGGUUUCUUUCCCUUAA